UUUUGAUGGGGAAUGCGAAUGAAAAGUAUCAAACAAAUACGAGAGAAUGGAAACAUAAACAUAAUAUCAUAAACAACAUUGUUUGCAAUAAUGAGUUUUUACGGAAUAGCAAAAACAAAAGCAUAUUGAAUGUAUCGUGUGUGCAUCGAUUUUAAUGGAUGGCUAUUGAUUGAAUUGUCAUGAUGAAUUCCAGUCAAAAGGAAAUUUGCCGUUUGUGCUAUUAUGAAACAGUCGACACCACCGAUAUAUUUAGUGAAAAAGGCCACGCUUUCGAUUAUAUCGGCAAAAUCAACAAAUAUUUAUACUUUUCGGUAUCAGAUAAUGAUGCAUUGCCUAAAACUGUAUGCUGGAUGUGUACACAACACCUGGAAACUUUUCAUCGUUUCUACGAAAAGAUAAAUGACAUCCAAAAGUUGCAUUUGAGUAAAGAAGAGUACGAGGCGGUUGUGCUGCGACCAAAAUACAUAGAUAGAGAACAGAUCAAUAGUGGGCCCGAGAAGAAAAACGAUACAAUUGUUGACGAUGAUGGCAACAUGUAUGAGGUGUUUGUGAUCUCUGAAGAUCCGGAGAAUAAACCAACAAUAGAACCGGAAUUCGAAGAGUUUGAAUUGCUCGAGGUUGAUAAUGGUGAUGCAAACAAUCAAACCACUGAAAUUGCCAACGUCGAACCGCUUCAAAAUGAAACAUCUCCAGUGAUACGGAGUAAAAAAGCGAAUGAAGAAAAACAAACCGAAAUCGAAUUGAUGGAAACUGGUGAGCUUGAAAAUGUUGAAGACAAAGCAGUUAUAUCAACGAGGACACGAUCGAGACGGAAAUCAAGAAUCACCACAAAAAAGGAUUCGGAAUGUGAACUACAAAGUUUUGGCAGAACUACGCGACAAACUACCAAAAUGAAGAAUGAUAUGAAAAAACUCGUUCAAAAUCUCAAACAGAUCAAAAAAGCACCAGACCCCGUAGUGAAGAGUGAAAAUCGUGAGCAAUCGAUAUCAAAAUAUUCUACAGAAAAUUGUGUAGAUGAGAAUAUGCAGCUAGAUUACGAUGGAACUGAGGGAGAAAGUGAUAAUGAAUUCCCAGCUAGAGAUUCGGACAAUGAAGAUUGGCCUUCGCAAGAAACUCUCAACGAAUUCCCAAAACAAAUCAUCAAAGACGGUCUGUUGCAAGUUAAAGGUAAAGAGCUGAUGUCGUUGAUUUGCAGGUUUUACAACUUGGAGUGCAAGCUAUGCGAGGAAAAACGAAGAUUCAAGCAACUAAGUGACUUACUGGACCACUAUACAAAUGGCCACAAAGAGGAAGGCUAUGUGGAAUGCUGUCAAACUAAAUUCACUCGAUACCCCGCCAUCAUCAUGCAUAUGGCACGACAUUUGCAACCAGAUGCAUUCAAAUGUGACGAAUGUGGUUACGUAGUGACACGGCCCCGAUUCCUUCAGAGUCAUAAGCAAACUCAUUUACCUGAUGACCAAAAGCCAUAUGCGUGCACUGAGUGUUCACGACGAUUUUGCUGGAAAAGUGCGCUUCGUAUUCAUUUGAUUAGUCAUAAGCCAGCCAGUGAACGGCGUCAGUACAUUUGCCAUGUUUGUGGUCGAACAUACGAUACUCCGGGUGGUCUGUCAACGCAUAAGAAAUUAGCCCACAGUGAAGCAAAACCGCUCCAAUCGAAUGUGUGCCAUAUUUGCGCGAAGAACUUCUCAACACGUACCGGUCUCCAUGAGCAUAUGAUGACAAUCCAUCAGCCGCGUGAAAAGGGCCAGAUGCAAUGCACCGAAUGUGGCAAAUGGUUGAUGAAUUUGCGAUGCCUUAAAACGCACAUGGUCCUCCACAGUGAUGUCGAAUUUCGUUGCGACAAAUGUGACUAUGUGACAAAGAAAAAAGUACUUUUGAAUCGUCAUUUGGUGACACAACAUUCCAAUGUCCGGCCAUAUGUGUGCGAUCAUUGCGGUCGAGAUUUUAAAAUGAAACGUGCAUUAACCGUUCACGUAGCUCAACAUGGUUCGACAACGAAGUACCAAUGCCCAUUCUGUCAGAGAUCAUUCAAUAGCUCAACCAAUUUUUACACUCAUCGAAAGAAUGCACAUCCCAAAGAAUUGGCCGAGAUGAAACGUCAAGAGGAGGCAGAGCGAAGAAGAAAACGAAUCGAGGCUGGUGUCGAAGAGGGAGAAGUAGAUGAAUCAGAUGCGGACAAAGAGCAAGACAUAGUACAACCGAUUGAAAUUCAAGAGGAAGAUGAAGAUGAGGAAUCAACAACAUUUCAUGUGACCGAGCUUCGUAAUACUCAUCUAAUACUAACAACUGAUACAGGGGAAGAAUACACGGUUUUAGAAGUAAAAUCACAUGAAAACAACGAUGCAUCGUGAUCUUUGCCAAACAUUAUAUCAGACUAGUUGUAAUUUGAUUUGUUAAGCUUUUUAUUUCAUACAAUUUACGAAUAAAAUUUAAACAACUGACUUAA